UUUAAAAUCUGUUAUAAUUCUUUGCACAAACACUAUGUCUAUUAAACACUAAUACUAACAAAUAAUAAUUAAAAUGUUAAUAUCAAAUUCAGAUUUAAAUAUUUAUUUUCCUACAACAAAGGAUAAAACCAGCGAUUAUGAGAUGCAUGGUUGUCAAAGCAUGCGUUUUGUUUGCAUGCAUUGUAAUAUUUCAUAUAAAUAUUAGCUGCACUAAAAAUAUAUAUAAUUAAUUAAUGUGUGAAUAGUAUAUAAAGUGUAAUGAAUAAUACAAUUAAAUCUUUACACAUCUUUAACGUCCAUUACUGUUGAUUCUCAGACCUCUACGACUUUUAUUUUGAAAUCAGUUUUACCUGAGGGGUUACUGGUCACGCACUGCGGUCUUCUGAGUGUGAAGCUGUGAUUUAGCGACUCAAACGUCUGACGUUGAGAAAUAUUUAACUCAGACGAAGGAAAGUUGGGACUUUUGUACCUUGGGACUUUUAACACAGAUCAGUCACAUUCUGCAUGAGCAAGACAAAAACAUUGACACAACUUUCAUCUUUGUAAUUCGAUGAGCAAUUUUUUAAUUUCUCAUCUUAUUGCCACUUAGGACAAAUCCCUUUAUGUUGUUAUAUUCCUCAUAUAUAAAUAGAUUUGGCGUUCACUAUCCAUCAAAUAUUGACUAACGACACUGAAUCUUUUUAUAGUUCACAUGAACUUUCUAUACCUUUCACCUAAACAGUUUAUUGCUUUACUGUAUGAACACCAUCACGUCUUGUCCUUUAUUAUUGUAUAUUCUAGGUUAAUAAUUAUACAUGAUAGUAUAAGAUCGAGGAAGACUGAACGAUCACACACGAUCAAACACUGCUUCAAUAGAAAUCAGAAUGAGAUUUGUAGCUUGUUUUCUUUCUUUGCUCAUUGCUAUCGGUCCAGCACAAUGUGGGAAUGUUUUAGUUUAUCCAACUGAAGGCAGUCAUUGGAUUAAUCUCAAGAUUGUGUUGGAAACAUUGGUGGACAGAGGACACAAUGUUACCGUUCUGCUGCCUGAUGCUGUGAUGGUAAUGAACGUCAAAGAGUCGGAUCCCUUCAAUCGUGUGGACUUUAAUAUGUCAAUGUCUUCUAAAGAGAUGUUUGCUUUUCUUGAGGAAAUGCUGCAGUUCUCAAUGUAUGAGAUAGAAAAAUUAAAUCUACUCCAGAUUAUAACAAAAUUUUACCAGCUUGCCUCCAAAAGUCUGCAUAUGGGUCUUUCGUACUGCGACGGCAUUCUCAAAUCUCCAGGGAUGUUGGAUAAAUUGCAACAGGGGAAGUUUGAUGUUAUUUUGUCCGACCCAAUCUACCCAUGCAGUGAUAUAUUGGCAGAAGAAUUAAACAUUCCCUUGGUGUACACAUUUCGAUUCUCCAUCGCUAACGUUGCAGAGAGGUUGUGUGGUCAGAUCCCAGCUCCACCAUCAUAUGUACCAGGAACCAUGAGUAAACUCACAGACAAGAUGAGUUUUACAGAGCGAAUCGCGAGUCUGCUCUUCUACCUUUCACAAGAUGCUUUCGCCAAAAUGAUGUGGAAAAUGUUUGACAACUACUACACUGAAUAUUUAGGACGGCCCAGUUCCUAUUGUGAGAUGAUGGGUAAAGCUGAUAUCUGGUUAAUCAGAACCUACUGGGACUUUGAGUAUCCACGGCCAUUCCUGCCCAAUUUCAAAUACAUCGGAGGGAUUCACUGCACCCCUGCCAAACCGUUACCUAAGGAUAUGGAGGAGUUUGUCCAGAGUUCAGGAGAUGAUGGGAUAGUGGUGUUUUCUCUGGGGUCUAUGGUAAAAAAUAUGACCAAAGAGAAAAGCAAUACAAUCGCCUCUGCACUGGCACAGAUACCUCAGAAGGUCUUAUGGCGAUACAUGGGGGAGAAGCCCGAUACUCUUGGACCAAACACCAGAAUCUAUGACUGGAUUCCUCAAAAUGAUUUAUUAGGUCAUUCUAAAACCAGAGCAUUUAUAACUCAUGGAGGCACUAAUGGUAUAUAUGAAGCCAUAUAUCACGGUGUACCGAUGGUCGGCAUCCCGUUGUUUGGUGACCAGCCUGAUAACAUGGCCCAUAUGAAAGCCAAAGGAGCCGCUGUUAUCAUUGACUUCUACAGCAUGACGACUGAAGAUUUGUUAGAAGGACUCAACGCUGUCAUUACCGACACCUCGUAUAAAGAGAAUGCUAUGCGGUUAUCCAGGAUUCAUCAUGACAGACCGAUGAAGCCUCUGGAUGAAGCAGUUUUCUGGAUUGAGUUUGUCAUGCGUAAUAAAGGUGCUAAACAUCUGCGUGUUGAGGCUCAUAAUCUUACCUGGUAUCAGUACCACUGUCUGGAUGUGUUUGCUUUUCUAUUCAUUAUUGUGACUGUAGUCCUCUACAUCUUCUUUAAAAUCUGUAAGUGCCUUAUAAUACGUUACUGUUUUAGAUCAAAGCACAAAAGUAAAAAGGAGUGAAGUAGACUUUGAAAAAUUAUUAAACAUUUUCUAUAUUCUUUUUUGUAAUAAUUCUCACAUAAAUAUUUUCACAUUUCCUGGAAUGAAUUAAAAGACAACAACAAACAAUGUUAAAACUUUAUCUCUUUUUGAAAUUCAAAUAAAAAAAUCUGUGUUUCUACAGGAGAUGAUUUGUCUAUUAGUGUCGCUAUUCACAUUCCUUAGACUUUUAUUUUGAAAUCAGCUUUAUCUGGGGAUUCUGGCCAUGCACUUUGAUUUUAUGGAGUUUUAUGAUGAUCAUGAGAAAUAUAGUAGUGUAAAUGUUUAUUAAGUGUUGCUUAAGAGUUACAUUAUGAAGAGAAGGGUUUGUAAGCCAAAACGCGUAUAUCUCCAAUUUUAAUAUUUUACAUUAUAGCUCAGUGAAUUAAAGGC